UGCACCAAACCAAAUCUGUUCCAACCUAAGCACGAUACUUCUAGAUAACGAGCAAGAAUAAAGUUCGGAGUUUCUCGUUCAGUAAAAUUUUUGUUAUGCUUGAUAAAUUUUGAAACUUUUUUACGAUAUGACGUACUUAAAUCAACCGAUAGAUUACGUGCGCUAUGUGUGCAAUUGUGGAUCAUUGAAACCUAUAUCAAAAAUCUAUUUCUGUCGACACUGUCUGAUGAUACGAUGCGGCUACUGUGUCUGUCAAGAGGUUGACUCUCAUUAUUGCCCCAAUUGUUUGGAAAAUUUACCUUCAUCAGAAGUACGUCUCAAGAAAAACAAAUGUUCCAAUUGUUUUGACUGUCCUUGUUGCUUUCAAACAUUGUCUACAAGAGCGGGAAUAGCAUCUGCAAAAACAACAGAGGGAGAAGAAGCCAAGGAUACUAAAGCUACUUCCAAGAAAGUAUAUUAUCUGUUUUGUUCACUGUGUCGGUGGAGUUCUCGAGAUGCAGGAAUACCUGAUCAAUCUGUAGCAACUGGAGGAUGGCCUGAACAGGAAAAUCCACACACAACUCGUAUUAAUACCCUCAUUGAUUAUCACAAAAUAUUAGCUUCCAUAGAGAAGCAACAAUGCGAGAAGAAGAAAUUUCAUCCAAAGCGUCCCUUCAUGCCAGCUCAGACAAUGUAUAGCUUUACAUCUGCACUUGUUCGCAAGCGCAUUGGACGCCCUAUACAACCACUGGCGCAAUCUCAAUCAACUGCUCAACCUGUACCAUCUGUUGCAAGUGAAGAAGUGGAAGAAUUACCGAAUGAUAUAUUUUCAGAAUCUUUGGAUAUAACUAAAAUUACUACAUUGGAACAAAGAUUACGACAUCCGGAAGUGCAAGCUGAGAAAAUAAACGACUUGCGACCUCAGCACAGGCCGUUUUUAGUCAAACGAUCGCAACGUUGCAGAGUGUGCGAACAUAACGUGAGCAAGUCAGAUCUCUGCCCUCAAUCUAUAAAAUUCAAGAUUUUGCUGGCCGCAUUUUAUCACAUUCCAGAAGUGAAGAUCGUUACUUGCGAGCCACUUCAGUCAGGAAAAUCAAGCGAAUUGCUUCUGAAAUUCUGCAAUCCGACACAACAUCAAACUCAAAUAACUCUUCUGUCGUUAGACAGUUCGUUAACAACUUCGUUCGCUGAGGAAAAAAACGAUACUAAACAAGAAGAUCCGCAACAAGGAAGUGAAUCAAGUUUGUUGUCGUCUAGUAUACGACAAGCAACUGUAACGGAAGAUCCUAAACCAAUAAAAGUCACACCGAAUGCCGAUCUAAAGUUACCUCAAAGUUCAUUGAUCCUUCCGCCGAGAGACGAUGCAGCUGAGUACGAUGAUACUAGUGAUAACCAUAAUUUUCAGGAUGAUCCUAAGCUCGUAGUAUGGCGAAAAGGAAACAAAGCUGUGAUACGUUUACAUGUAACUCCGCAUGAAACUAUAAACGGAAACAAGGAUGAACCGGUCAUUGUUGGAUUUGUUAUGCAACAUGGAUAUGUAAAUACGAUCGCAGCACUUGAGCACAAGUCGCCUCAAAAAGUCGAUGUAAGAGUCAAGUUGUAUCUGACCAUCGGUCAAUUAGCAAGUGAAGCGUAAUCUCUCAAUAUGAUUGCGAUAUCAAUGUCGCAGUCAUUAACGACAUAAUACUAACAAUAUCGGCUUUUUUCUAUAAAGCAUUUUUAUGUUUAUCAAUGGAUAAUUAAUUUAUAUAUCAUGAAUAUUUUAUACAAGUAUAUUAUA